UAAACAGAAGCAGGCUGAGCGUUGUUCUCCCCGAGAGGUCGGCCUCUCUCACAUGUGUAAAUCUCUCCGGCUCCUUGGAGGCUUGAACAAACAGCAGCACCUUCGCUGCAGCAGCCACUUCACAGUCUUCAUGUUCUACGGUGUGGGGGGGCUGCCCCACCGCCCUUUUUUUUUAAAGAGACGACUGGUUAGUUGAGGUGUGUCCUGGCUUAACCAUUAACCCCAGGCGUUAUCCAAUCAAGUUCCUCUGCUGACCUCCUCAAAUCACCAAUGUAUGGGAGUUUCCAUCAAGCCUUUCCACCAUUUGAUUAUUUUGCUUCUUGUUCUCUGGGGAGAUGUUGGAAAAGAUCUUGGUCCUCCUUUGUUUGCCAUCUGCUUUGGCCCAGCUCUGUACACCAGAUGCUUCCGAUGGCUACAAAGUCCGACUCAGCAUCAACACCGCGCUGGGAAAUGAAGCCUAUGUUUGGAAUGAAAAUGAAAUGUUCCUCUUCCGAGCAACUCUGGCUUUUGCCAUGAGGAAUCACUUCAACGGCCAGCUGUUCAAUGUGUCCAACAUCGUUGUGUGUGAUGUGACGCCCCGGGUGUCCUUCUGGUUCGUGGUGACGUCGCCGCUGGACCCCUCCCAGCUGGUUAGGAGAGAAGAGGUGGAGGAGGCUGUGAGAAAGUCCAGGAACCGCAUCAACAGCGCCUUUCUGCUGACAGAUAAAACGCUGGAGUUCAUCGGCAUCCCCCCCACCCUGGCAGCACCGGUCAUCCCCGACACCCCUCCGUGGCUCAUUGUGUUCGGGGUGAUCAUGGGUGUCGUGGGUGCUGGCAUCAUCGUUCUGCUCGGGACCUCUGUGCUCCAAAAGAAACGCAAAAAGAACGAGAAAAGUGAAGAGGAGGAUGAUGAAGAAGACACACGCGUGAAAACGGUGGAAAAUGGCACUGUGAGUGACGGUGUUUACAACACGUCAUUCUCAGAUGACGAGCGCACGCAAAACACUUCCAUGUGAGGAGAUGUGCUGAACAUUUCUUAAUCUGCUGCCUUAAAAAGAAACAAGCACUUGUGAUUUUUUGCUAAAAUAAAUGUGUACAUUUUCUGCAUGGGGGAUGAUCAAUGGAAGAUCUGUGUGAGAGGGUGUGUGUGUGUGUGUGCGUGUGCGUGUGCAUGCGUGUGUGAGGAUGUUUUGCAAAAGCCUACGUCUGGGAUCUGCAUUUUGGAAAUAAAUCUGAUGAGUGUACUAAUUUACUCAAUCGUA